AGCGCUGUAAAAACCAUCGUUGAGUACAUCUACUCUGGGGAACUACCACUAACUGAGGAAAACGUUCAAUCGAUUUGCACAACAUCUGACUACUUACAGAUCGAAUGGGUAAAACGGGAAUGCGUGGAUUUUCUUAAACGCAAUUUAAACGCAACAAAUUGUCUCCAGCUACGAACAAUCGCCGAAAAGUCACCGUUCGAAGAACUCUAUGAAUGCAGCCACAAUUGUAUUUUAGCAAACUUUGCCAUAUUAAUCGAUAAGAAGGAAUGGUUAGAGCUGCCCUUUGAAGUGAUUGAAGAUUUAAUAAAAGACGACAAACUUUUAGUACACCGGGAAGAGAAUGCAUACAAAGGAGUAAUGAACUGGAUAAAGUACGAUUUGACGAAAAGACAAAAUUAUCUCGCAAAGCUAACGCGCCACGUUCGCCUGACUUAUGUUAGAACUGAAUUCUUGAGAGAUCACAUCCUUACCGAAAUUAUGCUUACAAGCGAUCCGCAAUGCAAUCAAUUUUUAAAUAAAGCCUUCAGAUAUCAGCUAACACCACGAGCCCAGCGUCCAUCCAGCGCCCAGCGAAAUCGAAAUGGAAAGUUUCUUGUUGUGUUCGCUGGUGGUGCGGAUAUAACGACUGAGAUAGUGUAUCGUAAUUGCAAAGUCUACGAUUCAACCGAUAACAACAUGUCGCCUAUUCCAGACAUGCUAGAUUGUAGAUAUGCACAUUCCGUAAUCUCUUUAAACGGUAAGGUGUAUUCAGUGGGAGGAUUUUGCGAUGAUACUGGGAAAACCGCGGAGUGUUACGAUCCGGUUGGUAAGAAGUGGACUCAUAUCGCGCCCAUGAGCACUGAGUACUAUGACUUUGGAAUUUGUGCUUGUGAUAAUCUGAUUUAUGCUAUCGGUGGCGAAUCAAGUGUUGAAAAUUAUAAUGCGGCCACCAACACAUGGUAUACGUGUCCAGAUAUCCCUGUUGAGGCCUCUUUCUGUCGUGCAGCUGUGAUAAAACACAGCAUUUAUAGCUUAAUUAAUCCAGAUGAUGGCAUUGCUUCGUGUUUCCGCUUGGAUACGAGGGAAGGACUAUGGCAUAAUCUGAAUGAAAUGCCAUGGGGUCUAAGGAACGAUUCUUUUGAAUUUUUAUCUUACGAUAAUUUGUUGUUCUCUAUUGCGGAGAAUUGCUCACGCCUUGACAUACGGACAAAUAAAUGGGAGGCGAUGCCUUCUAUGCUUUUCGAAAGGUUGCGUUUUUCAGCUGCUAUCAUAGCAGAAGACAUAUACGUGUUUGGCGGUACGGGCAGAGAUAGGAAGUACGUUAACAGUGUAGAACGCUAUAAUAUUCAUACUAAUGAAUGGACAGUAGUCGACUCGCUGGAAGUUGAAGUAUAUGAAGGAGGAGCUGCAGUAAUCAGCGGCGAUUUUAGUUUGAAUUGA